AAAUAAAAAGAGAUAACCUUAAACCCUAAAUUCACACGACACCUAAAUUCACACCACACUCUAAACCUCCCCCAUUGCAGUCUGUCACUCUUUUAACUGCAAAAGAAGACAGGAGCAAUGCGGUUCACCAUCUUCAUCCCCCGACACAACACCACCUUUCCUCCCCCUCCUCACCGUCAACACCUCCGAACCCUAUUCGAUGGAGAUUUCACCCUAGUCCGAGACCGUGGCCUUGACCACGCCGUGGAAAGAGAGAAGAAUCUCAAACCGUUGCUUAAUCUCAGAAACCUAAUCAAACACGAACCUUCAAAGUCUCUUCCAGUUUCGUUAAUCAGGGAAUCCAUCCAACUUCCUUUCCGUCCCAUAGAUUUCGUCCGAAAGUACCCUUCCGUAUUUGAAGAGUUCAACCUUGGUGGUGGAUUUGAACCUCACAUUAGACUCACUCCUGAAGCAGUGGAACUCGACGUCGAUGAAGGGUUUAUGUAUAAUAGUGAAUUGUUUAAGCAUCAAGUUGCUGAUAGGCUUUUGAAGCUUUUGAUGAUAUCAAAGAUUCAUAAGAUUCCAUUGAGAGUUAUUGAAGGUUUGAGAUGGGACCUUGGCCUUCCUCAGGAUUUCGCCAAGUCCAUGAUUCCGGAAUUUCCGGAUUAUUUUCGGGUAAUUGGUACGGGCGGAAAUGCUGUUUUGGAGCUGGUUUGUUGGAACAAGGAUCUUGCUGUUUCAGUGUUGGAGAAAAAAAUGGGUAGCAAAGGGAAAGAAUUGGCUUUUCCAUUGCAGUUUUCCACGGGUUUUAAGAUGGAUAACAAGUACGAGAAAUGGUUAAGAGAAUGGAACAAAUUGCCUUAUGUGUCCCCUUAUGAAAAUGCAGGUCAUUUUUCGGCUUCCAGUGAUGAAUCUGAUAGGUGGGUUGUUGGUGUUUUGCACGAGAUACUUCACCUAUUGGUUUCUAAGAAAACUGAUAAAGAUAAUGUAUUGGUGCUCGGUGAGUGGUUGGGUUUAGCGUCAAGGUUUAAGAGAGCUAUUUUGCAGCAUCCGGGUAUAUUUUAUUUGUCUAGUAAGAAUAGAACCUACACUGUUGUUCUUAGGGAGGGUUACAAGAGGGGUUUGCUCGUUGAAGAUAAUCCGGCGAUGGAGUUUAGGAGAAAGUAUAUUCACCUCAUGAACACUGUUAAGAAAGAUAGCAAGAAACAAAAGGUUGUGAAAGGAAAAAGCAGCACGAAAGAGGGUAUUGUUAAAGACUGUGAAGGAAAGGAAGGUGAGGAAAAGUGUGACAGAGAUGAGAAUCGCAAGGAGGAGCAAGAAGAAGGGAGUUCUGAGUUGUCUGAUUCUGAAGAUGAGGAUGCUAGUGAAACUGUCGUUGAUGAUGACGAAGAGGUGUCUGCGAGGGGUAAUCGUAGAUCUUCUGCCAAUAGAAGGGGAAGAAACCUUGUGGAAAUGAAGUUAGGUGAUAAGAAACCUUCGAGAGAUUCUCGUAGAGAAAGACCAGGUGGGAAGAUUACACGAAAAACGUGGAAGAAAAAUCCAUCAGAAGGUUCUAAAAGAAUACAAACGCGUGGUGAAUAUAAAGAUGUUAGGAGUUCACCACAACGAUCAAGACUGUCUAAAAGCAGAGAAAGGACAUUUACUAAGAAUACUGUUGUUUAGUGAAGAUUCAUCUUUUUCCCGACUAGUAUGCAGAAAGGCAUUCCUUGGGUCAACCCUGUUUUUUCAGAGGGAGGAGAUGUUCUAAAUCACAAAGAGGUAGUUUUGGUAUGCUCUCUACACGAUACUACAAAUUUACAAUAUCUUCAUUAUCCUUCACCUCCUAUUUUUAUCGCAUGCUCAAGGUGGCUUCAGAGUUCGAUUGUUAUUAUUCUUAGUCAAGUGUAACACCAGAAAUGAGAAAACCUACAAGUUUGUAUCUUGCAUGUCAAUUAACGUCUGCAACUGUUAAUUGUGAGUUUAAGAUCUUCUCUGUUUCUCAAAAGAAAUAGAAACUCAAUUGCCAAAUA